GAUAUCGACAUGCCACUUUCCCAAUCCGGUCCCCAAGCCUAACCACAUGCAGAGUUCCCGCUCAUGAUGGACGCCCUCAUGAUGGACGCCCCAACCGCCGUUCCCGUCCUCCCGUCCCACCAGUUCUACAACGACGGCCAGCUCCUGAUCGGCCACUCCCGCUACCCUACGACGCCGGGGCACGCCUUGGCAAUCGUCCAGUCCGGCACGGACCUGUUCUCGCUCGGGCGAGACGAGUUUGUCAAUGUCCUGACCAAGAUCUCGAAGGCAGCGUCGCUCCUUUGCGCGCGCCACGCGGUGGAAUGCUGCGCGCUCGUGGCAGAAGGCGGUAGUUCUCUGUCCCUCCUGCCGCUGCACGGGCUGGGCGAGGACUGGAGGCCGGUCAACAGCAUGAGGGAGUUUCACAAGAGCUUCCCGGGAUACAUCUCCUCAAAGGACGGACGCAUGAUGCUGCCCAUCGUGCUAGAUGACAUCUAUUCCAAGAUCCAAGCCGUCUCCGGGUUAUCCGCCCCGUUCGACUACCGGUUCGACGGCGCCGAGGAUGACACAAGCCUCUUCGCUCGCAUCAUCCGAGGCGAAGUCCCAGAACGCCGCGUGUGGGAAGACGACCACCACGUCGCCUUUCUCACCGUUUUCGCCAACACCCCCGGCGUCACGAUUCUCGCCCCACGAAAGCAUCUGCCCGGCGACAUCUUCUCCAUAGACACGCCGGCCUUUUCCGAGCUGAUGAGGGCGGCUCACCGCGUUGCCGGAAUCCUCAAGGAGGCUUUCGGAACGAGCCGAUGCGGCAUGAUCUUCGAGGGAUUCGGAAUCGACUACGCGCACGUUAAGCUCAUCCCCAUACACGUCGCCGACGCCGCGGGUGGCGACCCGGGAACAGCCGGGCCAACCGUGACGGUGGCGCCGUUCCUGGAGACGUACCAGGGUUACGUGACCUCGCUCAACGGGCCUCUGCUCGAGGAUUCCGAAUCCCUCGCGCGCACCACGCUCGACAUCCGGAACAUGUACCGCGUCGAACCCGCCAGGCCGCCGCGGUCCUGGGCCCUUCCGUUACAGCACUUAUCCUUCGUCCUCCGAAAUCCCUGGUACAAAAACCUUUUCCUCGCCCAGGAUGCCCUGUUCCACACUUCGGUCACCUUCUUCCGGGAGAAGCUCGGCUACAAGUACUGCUUCGUGCCGGCGACCACGAACGCCGUCAGCUCGCGGAUGGGACUGGGCUCCGACUCGGAGCCCGUACCCGUCCUCUUCCUCGGCCAGGAGAUACAUCUCGCGGACUCGAUGCAGUUUUCCUUGGAGUGCAUCCUCCGCAUCCAAGACGGUGUACCCGGCGUCUACCACGUCAACACCUCUUGUUCCCUCAGUAGUGGCCUGUCUGCCCUGCCGCCUCUUCUAGUUACAUGGUAAAAUGAAUGCAAUGCCAAACUUUCUCUUCGCAAA